AUGCCUGAACAAUGUAAAAAUGAUUAUAUAAAGAAAGACAAGCCUGUAGUAGAAAAAGGAAAAAACCAUUGGGAAGAAAAGGAAGUGCGGUUAACGAAAUUGAUAACGAUGAUAAUGAUAAUCAAACAUCAAAUUAAUUGUUUUAUAAAUCUCAAUGAAGAUGAUAUUAAACAACUUGAAAUUAAAGAAGAUGAAGAAGUUGAUUUUUAUCAAUGGAAUUCAUUUAACAAAUACCAUUUUACAAAAUCAAUGGAUAAUUCAUCAACAAUUACAUGCAUUAUUGGAAAAAUUGAAUGGUAUAAAAAUAUUGUACUUAAUAUUUGCACUAAAACAAGUAUCCAAAUUUAA